AUGUGCCUCCACUAUUUCCCUGAUGUGCAUUAUGUCACAGAUGAAGAUGAAGCUAAUGAUGAAACUGGUGAGGUUUUGAUCAAUGAUGUUCCAGGACCACUCGAAUUGCAUCUUGCAAAAGAACAAAUUGAAAAUGAAAAAUUGAGGGAGAUUAGUCUUUCUCAAGAAAGGGCUUAUAAAAAGGCUAUAAAAAGAGGAAAUUGUGAAGUUCAGAACGGGUUUGGAGAAAAAAAGCAUCCUGAGUAUACGAAUUAUUCAAAUAGAAUUGAUACGUAUGAUAAGAGCUUCAGAAAAAUGAGAGACGCUUUGCAAUAUUAUGGUCCACUUGAAAUAUUUGAAACAAUAAUCACUCCAGAAAUAUAUGACCACAUCAUAAAGGAAAGUGUGUGGUAUUCUGCAAUAAGUAAAAAUAAUAUUGACACACUAUCAGUAGACGAACUCAAGGCAUUUAUUGGCAUUCUCAUGUUGUCCAGUUACCACAAGUUGCUAUCCACUGGACAAUACUGGUCUCUGAUAAGAAAAAACCUAUGA